CAGCUGUGAGCAAACCUUGUGCUGAAGAAAAACUUAGAAUGUUUAGACCAGCUAGACAGAAACUUGAAUGAGGCACUAGAUCUGUACCUCUCAACUUCCAUAAAUUAGCAGCUGCAUGAAAAAUCACAGAUGUGAUACCUUCCACGGGCAUAGAUUGAAUAUUGAAAACUUCUGACUUGCAAGCUUCAGGCAUAGAACAAACACAGCAUUGUAAUAACACCCAUAAACAACAUGUCAUAACAGAGUACAAAUAGAGUUCCAAGGAACAAAAUAGCAUCUUCAAAUGAUUCUGAUGGUAAUAACCUCUACACAGAGGACAAGUAUCCUGCCUGCCAGAGGUAAACUCUGCAGAUUGUGCGGUAAACAAAACUGCUUCGUGUGACCCUGUCAUUCUAAAUCGGGGAAUAGUACAAAACAACGGAACCCAAGGCUUCAGAAGAUGGUGUACAAAAUAACACAGCCAGAGGGCGAUAACCUGGGCUGUCCAUGCCCAAAUGCAGAAUAGGUGAUGAAUAUGUCAAGUAACCUAUCCAAGUCACGUGAUUGAAAUGAUCGUGUUGCACAUCCCUAUGAAAGGAGUGAUAGACACCGGAGUAAGUGCGAGCUUACUCAACAAGAGUGCCUAUAACAAACGAGCAUUAAUAUCUUUCGUUGGAUGGUGGGCAGCUCUGCUUGAAUAAUGCAUCUUAUGAUUCUACAAUAUGGAGCCAUGGCUUUUGAAACUUGACCUCAUCACAAUACAGUAGAAUUAGCUCCCAAAUCCAGGUAUAUAAAUCUUUUGCAGAAGCUAUGAUCAACGUAAUAAUGGAAUUUCUUCAACAUUCAAAUGCUAUCCAACAUACUAUAUUGGCAUACCUGGAUAACGGUGCUCCACGCAGCCCAAGUGAGCUUGGUGUGGCUUUUGGUUUUCUUUUACCUCCAAUUUUGGUGCCUAAUACUAAAGAUGAUCUUACCCUUAUGGCAAGAAAUAUAAGUAUAUUGUUCUAUGGGACAGCAACAAUAGCCACAGUGCUCUUCAUCUUGGUUGUAGCAGUAUUCAAGGAAAAGCCUCCCCUUCCUCCAAGCCAGUCCCAAGCAGUGCUUUUGGACACACCUGAUGAAUAUUCCUACAAACAAUCAAUUAUAAACUUGUUCAGAAAUGUUCCAUUUGUGCUACUGCUGCUAAGUUAUGGUAUUCUGACAGGGUCCUAUUAUUCUGUAGGAACACUGUUAAAUCAGAUGAUCAUCACUUACUAUGAGGGAGAAGAAUUGAAUGCUGGGAGAAUUGGACUGACUUUAGUGGUAGCAGGGAUGGUAGGUUCCAUCAUCGCUGGUCUCUGGGUGGACCGAACAAAGACAUACAAGCAAACCACCCUUGCGGUCUACAUUAUCGCAUUUAUUGGAAUGCUCAUUUUCACCUUCACAUUAAAUCUUGGUUACCUCCAAAUCAUCUUUGUCACAGCAGGAGCCUUGGGUUUUUUCAUGACUGGUUAUCUUCCACUGGGCUUCGAAUUUGGUGUAGAAAUAACCUAUCCAGAACCAGAGGGGACAUCGUCUGGACUUCUCAAUGCAUCUGCACAGCUCUUUGGAAUUGUGUUCACACUGGCCCAAGGAAAGCUGAAAGCAAAUCAUGGCACGUUAGCAGGAAAUCUCUUUCUUUGUUCUUGGAUCUUUGUGGGAAUCAUUCUUACAGUUUUCAUAAAAUCAGACUUAAGAAGACAACAAGCAAACUUAACUGCAGGUGCACAGCUUGCUGUUCGGGAUUCACUAGAAAAAGUUUCCACUUCACAAAAUGAACUACACGCACCAGCAGAAACCGCAAUCUGAUUACUAUGGGAGAAUGGAUAGCAGUGGUACAACGCACAACUAGUACAUAGCACUGAAAAAAAUAUGAACAGCUGCUAAGGGUGCAAUGGUUAGAAAACUGUGAUAAUUUAUUAACGGUGACCAAUAUUUAUUAGAAGUUCUUGAUAAUCGACUCAUUGUAACAGGUUUCAAGAGCAUUACGUUGUAGCCCAGUAAUUUGGAUACUUCUACAAAACAAAAUGGACAGUUUGAUUAGUUUGAGGAAAUAUCAUUUAUACAGGAGAUUUAAACUGAAUCAGAUUUCCAUUUUUAAGUGUAAAAAUUUAAAAAGCUUACUUUGAACACCAUUUUCAUUAUUACGUACAAUCUUCUGUUGUCUGAAUGUCAUUUUUAAUGUGUUCAGUAAUUUUCUAGAUGUAAGCACACAGUUUUCAACAUCGUUCUGGGGAGAUAAAAUCCCAUCCUCUUUUUAAAAAAAACGACUGUGAUUUUUGUUGGUUAUUGCUCUUGGGCAUGUUGGAUGAGUUUCAAGAACUGGUCAGUGUUCUGUAAAGUGAAGGAGCAUUGAGUCCUCCACAAAGUAAACUUUCUAGCCUUCUUAACAUUCAAAGAAGUUUAAUUUUUAGUUAAAUUGUGUAUAAAUAACUUUUGCACAAUUUGUAACAUCUGUAAAAGCAAUUUCAGUGGAAAUGCACUUGAUUCUUGUUAAAUAGUUAAAACUGUAAUGUGCUUAGCAAGUAGCUUGCACAGAUUUGAUAGGUUUUAUAUAUCUGCAGUGAGUUACAACUUUUGACCUGUAAUGAAAUGCUACAGAUGUCUAUGUAUGUAAAGAUGUUAGUGAACAGAAAAUAUUCACAACAUAACUUGCACUUAAAUCUAUUAAAUUCACAGGAAUGAAUAGAGUAGGUUUAAGAUUCACAAAUGAUAUUCUAUCUUGAACUUCAUGUGAAGCUAGAGAGUGAAAAAUGUACAGUUUGUUGUCCAGUGCAGUUUAUGUACUGUAAGCCCCCAAGGGGUGGGGGAAACAAGUAUCUGUUCAUCAAAAUAGAUGUGCCUUUAAUAUUGAUAUGAGAAGAUGUAACAGAUUUCAAUUGUGUAGAUGCAGUGAAUUCUAAGAACUGUAUUAAGGUCCAAAUGAUCAAACUCGUGCAAGAUCAUUAGUCCCUAGAAGCUGGAUGGUACUGUAUAUAUUGACAACGUAGAACCAAAGGUAUUUUUUCCCAUUCCUCCUUGCAUCAAUGAUAACCUUAGCAGUUCUGUGUUUUCAUUCAUUUGCAAAGAUUUGUAGUUCUCUUAUUGCUACCAGGUGACGUUAUCAAUUUAUGAACCAGUCACUGUGGAAGUGCACAUUGUAGUUAUUUUGGUUCAAGUUUCACAUACCUGUAUAUAAUUGUAAAAUUUUCUUCUUUCAAGUGAUUUUAAUACACAAUGAAAUUUUUAUUUUGCAUACAA